CACGUUUUCUGUCAAAACCGGCCUCCUGAAUUAGGAUUGGCUGUUUCUUUAUAACGACAGUGAAAUAGUCCAAUCAGCGUUCUGUCUUUGUGUGUCUUGUCCAGAAGGAGGCGGGGGUUUUCGGAAUAGUGGUGGGAAAGGUAAGGCGGUUGACAGCCGUGAUGUAAAUACCGAAUUGGCUAACAUAUUAGCCAAGUGCUUUCUUUCCUCGGCACGAUUAUACAAAUAAACGUCGGUCCGUGAAACUGUAAAAAUCCUUGGUGACUAUUUUAAGAGAUGAACAGCAACGGGAAUAAGAGAGCACCAACAACAGCAACGCAGCGACUAAAACAGGAUUACCUCAGAAUAAAGAAAGACCCUGUGCCUUACAUCUGUGCUGAACCACUUCCCUCAAAUAUAUUAGAAUGGCACUACGUUGUUCGAGGACCAGAGAAAACCCCUUAUGAAGGUGGAUACUAUCAUGGAAAAUUGGUAUUCCCACGGGAAUUUCCCUUCAAGCCUCCAAGUAUUUAUAUGAUAACACCGAAUGGGAGAUUCAAGUGCAAUACAAGGUUAUGCCUCUCCAUUAGUGACUUCCAUCCAGACACGUGGAACCCCGCCUGGUCUGUUUCCACCAUCCUCACAGGGCUGCUGAGUUUCAUGGUGGAGAAAGGCCCCACAGUGGGAAGCAUCGAGACGUCUGAUUACACUAAAAGACAGCUGUCUGCUCAGAGCUUGGCUUUUAACUUGAAGGACAGGAUCUUUUGUGAACUGUUUCCAGAAGUUGUCGAGGAGAUCAAGCAGAAGCAAAAGGCUCAGGAGGAGCUCAGUUCACGGCCACAGGCUCUGCCGCUUCCAGAUGUUGUGCCAGAUGGAGAGCAGGGUCACUUUGGGCUCCCAGAGAUGAACGGGCACGCCCCUUUGGGAGAAGUAGUGGCUCCUCAGCAUCUCGCCCUCCAGCAGGCUAACCGCAAUCAUGGACUCCUUGGUGGAGCUCUUGCGAACCUGUUCGUAAUAGUGGGCUUCGCUGCCUUUGCUUACACGGUAAAGUAUGUACUCCGGAGCAUAACCCAGGAAUGAGACAGGACCUUACUGGACUGGGUGGAAAACAGUUUUUUUGGGUAUCAAGUCACCAAAGUAAGCUCCCAUUCCUUUAAAAAAAAAAAAACACUGAGAUGACACCUGAUCAACGCUUGUAAGAAUCUGAGGAACAUCAGGGUGCUCUUGAAAGUACUCUAAUGCAGCAGAAGACUUGGUUAUAGGUUCCUAAAUGAUUUCUGGGUUGCUGCACAGACUCAGCACAUGACCACUGACCAAUCCGGGGGGGGGGACGUUAUUUACGGAAAGUUACUCUCAGCCCAGACACUUGAGGCAAAGCUCAUGUCUCUGCAGUUGUGUUAUUAAAGAAAUGACCGGAGUUUUGUCAGUUUUACUAUAAGGGUGGAAACCACAGACCAUUUUCGAUCAAGGAAUUUUUAUGUACGCCACACCUUCAUUUGUUCUUCAUGGUGUUUCUCAUUUGUGUAAUUCAACCAGCAUUCACCCGUUUCCUUUCCACUGUUUUGCAUUAAUGGUUUUCACCAUUAUUCAUUCUAACAUGACGGUUUUUCCUGUAAACACCAAAUAUCACCUUGUGUAUGAUUUUGAUUGAAGGUGAAAUGUUACAAGGCACAGUUUAUUCCUCCUUGUUUAUCCAUAAUUAUUUAUUAUCCUGGCUAGUUGGAACCUCCCCCGUAUGUAAUGCUAUAGAAAGACAAAUGUGGGAGGUAGAGAACGCUAUGAAUACAUUACAUUAAAUUACUUAAUUGUGUUUAAAAUUUUACUCCUAUUGUCAUGUAACGCAAGAGUCAGUGGUGGCUGUUAUCCCUUUGCACUUUGUGAAAGUGGUUUAAUAAAGAUUGCUGUCAUGAUUAGAUUAAAA